UACCUGGCGAUGGUGAUUGCGGCCUGUGUGCUGAACUUUCACAGGGCCCUUCCUCUUUUUGUGAUCACCGUGGCUGCCAUCUUCUUUGUGGUCUGGGAUCACUUUAUGGCCAAAUAUGAACAUCGAAUUGAUGAGUUUCUAUCUCCGGGCAGAAGGCUUCUGGACAGCCAUUGGUUCUGGCUCAAGUGGGUGAUUUGGAGCUCCCUGGUGCUGGGGGUUAUUUUCUGGCUGAUCUUUGACACCGCCAAACUGGGCCAACAGCAGCUGGUGUCCUUCGGUGGGGUCAUCAUGUACAUUAUGCUGCUUUUUCUAUUUUCCAAACACCCAACCAAAGUUUACUGGAGGCUUGUCUUUUCGGGAAUUGGGUUACAGUUUCUUCUUGGGCUCUUAAUACUAAGGACUGAGUCUGGAUUUAUAGCUUUUGAUUGGUUAGGCAAACAAGUUCAGGUUUCGUCCACCCACUUGUUAACUGCUUCCGUUAUGUCAGCACCCGCAGCACUGGCUGUUGCCAAACUCUUUUGGCCUGAGACAGAAGCACCUAAAAUAACUCUUAAGAAUGCCAUGAAAAUGGAAAAUGGUGAUUCAAGGAAUCUCCUAGAAGCUGCAACACAGGGAGCCUCCUCAUCCAUCUCCCUGGUGGCAAGCAUCGCUGUGAAUAUGAUUGCCUUCCUAGCCCUGCUGUCUUUUUUGAACUCAGCCCUGUCCUGGUUUGGAAACAUGUUCGACUACCCACAACUGAGUUUUGAGCUAAUAUGCUCCUACAUCUUCAUGCCCCUUUCCUUCAUGAUGGGCGUGGAUUGGCAAGACAGCUUUAUGGUUGCCAGGCUCAUAGCAUCCAUGACUCCUUCCAGAAAGCGUGACAUCGCCUCUGGGGCAAUGAGAGCUCUGAUUUCAGGGACCGUAGCCUGCUUCAUGACAGCCUGCAUUGCAGGCAUGCUCUCUGGCACUCCUGUAGACAUCAACUGCCUUCGCAUUUUAGAGAAUGCCUUCAACUCCAGUUUGCCUGCAAACACAACCAAUGUAGUAACUUGUUGCCAAAGUCUAUUGAGCAGAACUGUUGCCAAGGGUCCCGGCGAGGUCAUCCCAGGGGGGAACCACAGCCUGUAUUCUUUGAAGAGCUGCUGCCAAUUGUUGCGUCCAUCAACACUGAACUGCAGUUGGAUCUCUAAUGCAUUUUGAGUUCAGCCACUUCUCUAACAGAGCUCUAAGUACAGGUGUUAAAUUUUCUGCUUUGGGGAGAAAAAGAAAAACAAUGCUAUUCUCCACAGACUGAUAGUUUCAUCAUGGAAUCAGCUUUAAUUGGAAAGAAGAAGAACAGGAGUGAACCCUUCAGCUCUGCAGCAUCUUCCUGCAGAGCUACACAAUCUCCCUCCCCUUCCCCUGCCUCCCCAGCCCCUUCUCCACUGAGAACUAUUAUGGCAUCCCAAAGUGAGGUGUUGUCUCCAGUCCCAAAAAUGUUUUCUAACCUUACAAUUUCAGAACAUUUAACCAGAAUACAAGUAUAAAUGACAGCUGCUCCAUGACUCGGCAACACUCAGUGCAAGUCUCUAAGUAGUCCAGAGUGGCUCGUUUUAAACAUCUCAGAUGAGGUCACUCUGACUGAUCUGAAACAGCCUGAACUUGUAUCUCACAUGGAGGAGGACCAAUCAUCAGUCACCCUCGCAUCAUCUGCCCUUAGGAAGUCCUGGAGAUAUUAGGAGUCCUUCAGAAGAGCACGUAGACUAUCCUAAAACAGCUUUUUUAAAUCCUGUGUGCCAUACUCAAUGUGAUCUUCAUUUCCAGGACCCAAGCUAAAGAAGCAGGCCUUAUGUGAGGGAUGCUGGUCUUAUGGGAGAGGAAAAAGAAAGGUGGGGACCACAUGAUGACUCUUAAAACUUCUGCUAAGAAGUGACACCUUUCACAUCUAGAUUCCAUUAUCCAAAGCUAACUAUAUGACAAGCUUAAUGUCAAUGACCAGAGAUAAAUUAUCCUGUCAUAGAGAGAGAUAGUGAUUAUUUUGAAGAAAUAAUAUGAUAGACCACAUGGAUGCAUAAUACCUAUGUCUCCCUUAAAAAAAAUCAACCUAUUAUAGGGCAUAACUGUACACCUAUUCUUGUGCAAAUUUGGUUAUGUUCCUAGUGACAGGACUGGAAAAUGGCACUACACUUGAGUCAAAAAGCCAUGUAAGGACCAUUUGAGGUAGAUAAAUAAGUCCUGGUUGAGAUCUGAAAACCUUCCAUUGAUAUAUCCACUGACCAGGAAAGCAUCAGCAUCAAAUUUGCUCUCUUAAUGGGUUCCAAGACUUGACAUGUCUCAGAAGAAAAUUCCAGAGACAAUGGUGGGGUGCUCUUUAAUGAAAUGCUCAUUACCAGUGCUCUUUAUACUAUAAAGACCAGUUUGUUGAGAAAAUACAGACAUUAAAAGGUGAUUCACACAAAAGAAAUGUGAAAAAAUUUUGAAACACCUUAAUUUAUUUAUAUUUUCCUUUCUGUUCAUGUA